UAGGUUUGACUACAAACAGCCAAUGAGCUAACUCGUUACUUUUCUUGCUGUGAUGGCAGUCACGUGAGGAAUCCAAGAUGCCGCAGACACAGCUGUCUCCCCAGGAGGAGCAGGAGAAACUCCUGGAUGAGGCCCUCCAGGUGGUCAAGGUGCAGUCCUUCCAGAUGAAAAGAUGUCUGGACAAGACCAAGUUGAUGGAUGGGCUGAAGCAUGCCUCCAACAUGCUGAGUGAGCUCAGGACGUCCAUGCUGACUCCCAAGAGUUACUAUGAGCUGUACAUGGCGAUCUCGGACGAGCUGCGCCACCUAGAGAUCUACCUGUGCGAUGAGUUCCAGAAGGGUCGGAAGGUCGCAGACCUGUACGAGCUGGUGCAGUACGCGGGAAACAUCAUCCCCAGAUUAUAUCUCCUGAUCACGGUGGGUGUGGUGUACAUCAAGUCUAACGAGAGCUGCAGGAAGGACAUCCUGAAGGACCUGGUGGAGAUGUGCCGUGGGGUGCAGCACCCCCUGCGUGGCCUGUUCCUCAGGAACUACCUGCUGCAGAUGACCAGAAACAGCCUCCCGGACUGUCCACCUAAUGAGAACCCGGAGCCUGUAAAGGAAGGGGAGGUGGAAAUCAGAAGUGGAGACAUCAAGGACUCCAUCGACUUCAUCCUGCUGAACUUUGCGGAGAUGAACAAGCUGUGGGUCCGCAUGCAGCACCAGGGGCACACGCGCGACCGAGAGAAGCGGGAGAAGGAACGACAGGAGCUGCGCAUUCUGGUGGGGACCAACCUGGUCCGCCUGUCUCAGCUGGAGGAGGUCAACAUACUGAGAUACCAGAAGCUGGUCCUGCCAGGUAUCCUGGAGCAGGUGGUCAGCUGUAAGGAUGCCAUUGCACAGGAGUACCUCAUGGAGUGUAUUAUACAGGUAUUCCCCGAUGAGUUCCACCUGCAGACCCUCAACCCUUUCCUGCGCUCCUGUGCCGAGCUGCAUGCCAGUGUCAACGUCAAGAACAUCAUCAUAGCUCUCGUGGACAGGUUGGCCCUGUUUGCACACAGAGAUGAUGGCCCAGGUAUCCCUAACGACAUCCAGCUGUUUGAUAUAUUCUCCCAGCAGGUUGCAACUGUCACACAGGCGCGACAAGACAUGCCCACAGAAGACAUCGUGUCCCUCCAAGUGUCACUCAUCAACCUGGCCCUGAAGUGUUACCCAGAGAAGAUCCAGUAUGUAGACAAGGUGCUGGAGACCACUGUGCAGAUCUUCAACAAGCUCAACUUGGAACAAUUCCUAGAGAACAGCAGUGCCGUUUCCAAGGAACUGUCGCGCCUGCUGAAGAUUCCAAUCGACUCGUACAACAACGUGCUGACCGUUCUGGAACUCAAGCACUUCGCUCCCCUCUUCGAGUACUUUGACUACGACUCCAGAAAGAACAUGAGCAUCUAUGUUGUCAACAACUGUCUGGAGAAUGGCACAGAGAUUCCCAUGGCUGAGCAGACGGACCAGAUCCUGCAGCUGGUCUCCUCGCUGGUCCAGGACCAGGCUGACCAGCCCCAGGAGGAGCCUGAUCCUGAGGACUUCUCCGAGGAACAGAACCUGAUGGGACGCUUCAUGUCUCUCCUCAACUCUGACAACCCCGACCAGCAGUACAUGAUUCUGAACUCAGCCAGAAAACACUUUGGUAAUGGUGGCAACAAGAGGAUAAAGUUCACCCUGCCUCCCCUGGUGUUCUCUGCCUUCAGACUGGCCUUCAGAUACAAGGAGAUGUCUGAGGAGGAUGACAAGUGGGAGAAGAAGUGCCAGAAGAUUUUCCAGUUCUGCCACCAGACCAUCAGUGCGCUCAUCAAGGCGGAGUACUCGGAGCUGCCCCUGCGGCUCUUCCUACAGGGGGCACUGGCCUGCGGGGAGGUCAGCUUCGAGAACUACGAAACUGUUGCAUAUGAAUUCAUGUCCCAGGCCUUUUCAUUAUAUGAAGAUGAGAUCAGUGAUUCCAAAGCACAGCUGGCAGCUAUCACGCUCAUUAUCGCCACGUUUGAGAGGAUGUCGUGUUUCGGUGAGGAGAACCAUGAGCCCCUGAGGACGCAGUGUGCGCUGGCGGCCUCCAAGCUGCUGAAGAAGCCAGACCAGUGCAGGGGGGUCAGCAUCUGUUCUCAUCUCUUCUGGUCGGGCAAGACAAGAGAAGGGGAAGGCACAGAGAUGAACGGAGAGGCCAGUCCUGAGAGGGGAGAACCAAAAGAGCUUCAGGACGGUAAGCGUGUGAUGGAGUGUCUGAAGAAGGGACUACGUAUCGCCAACCAGUGUAUGGACAAGUCUGUACAGGUCCAGCUCUUCAUCGAGAUCCUCAACAGAUACAUCUUCUUCUAUGAGAAGGGAAACGAGGCAGUGAAUGUCCAAGUCCUGAACCAGUUGAUAGAGAAAAUUAGAGAAGACCUGCCCGAGUUGGACUCCAGUGAAGAGAUGGAUCAGAUCAACAAGCAUUUCCAGAACACGAUAGAGCACUUGCGACUGCGGCAAACCUCCCCAGAGUCGGAGGGUCCGUCCUACCAAGGGCUGGAGAUAUAGGCAGGGCGGGGGCUCUAAGGGAAAAUUGUAGUUACUGAGUUGUUGGAUGACCACAUCCCGGUACAUGUACCUAGCCAGUGUCAUUCCAGCUCUAACCCAGAGCUGCUUCUAUUACUAUAUAGGUAAAUAAACACAAUACCACUUCUUGAUUCUUUCUCCCGUAUAACCUGAGUGACCAACCAAACUAUGAUAACACUUCUCGAAUGUCAGGCAUGGGUCCUUUUAAAGUUCAGCUUAGGUCACACCAGUUUGAUUUGUUGGUUCAAGGAUUUUAGAAAACUAAAAACAAAUAUGCUUAACUGGAAACACUUAAUCAAAAAACAAAGCCUGAGAACCAUGUUUGGUGCGCUCGGUUUUAUGGAGUGGAUACUGUUAUAUUCACAUUUCCUCCCUACCCUCUAGUUUUAUGAUGUCUGCUUGCUAUAUCUUUAUUUUUUAAAUAUCCGUGAACCAGCAAAUUGAAUUGAUGUGGCCUUAUUUUAUUGGUCGUGCUGUAGAUAUUAAAUGCACAAGCACACAAAAGUUUACAAAUUGGCAGCCAGUGAUUGUGCAAUGUGUCCUUUUUUCUUUAAAUCUUUAUAAAUGGAAUUUUCUGUCAGGAAUAAGAUAAAAGACAAAGAAAAUUGGCUAUGAGUAAAAUUGAUUCUGUUAAGAAUUGUAUUAUCUAGGUAUAGGCUGAAAAAAUCAAUGUAUUGUUGAGAAGAGAUGAAUCUAAAGGACAAAAGUUUAUUCCUUUUUUGUGUUUCACCUUGUUGUAAGGAAAGGUUAUGUGCGUAGGUCACAGAAAUUGCACCACCCUUCGCCCCGGUUUGCUAUCACCAACAGUUAAAACUGCAGUUUGUGGCACAGCUAAAGCAGGCAGUGGCUGGCAAUAACAAGAAAGUGCCAUUAUGGGUUUGUACAGUGGGCUGUUAUGCAAAAUGUAGGGGAAAAAAGUGCUGUUGUAGGGGGGAAAAGACACUGCUGCUGUACUGCAGUUGUAUCUUAGAUAGAGGAUUGAGGGUUGUAGACUGGCUGGAGACAAGGUAAACUGCUUGGUACCUAUUAGUGCUGGUUUGGUGUCUGAGGGAUAAUUCUGUGGCCUGUGUGUUAUACUAGUAUCCCAUUUGCCAUGUCAGUUAAACAGCAAAGCUGCAUUACAUUUUGUGCUGAACCAUUUGUCUCACACAACACAGAUUAUUGAGGUAAGAACACUGGGCCAGAUCUCUUUAACUAAAAGCAUCUCCCCCUGUCCAAAAUCUCUGGUGAUAAAAUGUUGAUAGAAUUCCCCGUACACAGGCUAUAAGGCUAAAGGUAUAUUUCUUAUGGGUUUUGCUGAAACUGUAAGAUACUGUGUAAGUACAAGAAGCUGUUUUUUGACAAAUUUGGACAGAAGCAUAAUUGUGAAAACAUGAGAGAGAAAGAGCCUGUAUUUGACAAAAUGUUUGUUAGGUUGAGGUCUAACUGUACAAAACCCUUUAUAUAGAUGAUGUAGCUGUAGUUGAGACGUACUGUGACAUAUAUACGUGUACCGACUAGCUCUGACCAAAUAAAAUCAUAGUGGCUAUAUUGCUAUAAGAGAGCAUUGUAUGUAUAAAUGAUUUAUGUUAACUGGCUUGCAUAUACAGAUAAUGGCCAUCCUGUGAAACUGCUGUAACAUCGCAGAAAAGCGAAUCUCUUGAUCAAGAAAUGCCAUUACCGAUUGAUCAUAGCAGAUUAUUCUUUAUUAAAAGUGAAGUUGUUUCAAAUUAAAGAUCUUAAAAUCAUGAUCCCUUAGUGUUAGUGAAACUGUAUAAACACCUAUGACAUUGUGUUACAUUUCAUGUGUUGUGGAGACAGAACCAGAAGUAAAGACACCAUUAAUGUGACUGAUGAGUAUGGUACCUUCUACUUCUGAAACCUGACCAGACUGUAGGGGCCUCUUCAUAGGUCAUUGCAAUAACGCUUACAUUAUAUACCUCCUAAAUUAUUGAUCUAUCAAAAUAAGGUUUGUUCAGUUGAUAGCGAUCGUGGAUUGUGUGAAAUAGCUACUGGAGGACCACAUAUUCUCAGUUUGUUAACAGCAGAUUUGGGCCAAUCGUGUCUGAUCCUUCCCAGCCUUUCCCAUGCUGCCACAGUUGAAGUAUCUAACGUCUCUGCUUUCUCUCUCUCUCUCUCUCUUGUAUAAAAUGGCUGUCAUCAUGACGUGUUCUGCAGAUAACCCUUAUAGCUAUGAGUGACUGUAAAUUGAAGAAGAUAAUGAACUCGCCAUCGCUGUAUCCCAUCACGUGGGUUUUCACCAAGAAUAAAAAAAUGCUUUACUUGG